GCCCUCCCUCGCCAGCAUGUCUGUGGUGCCGCCCAACCGUUCGCAGACGGGCUGGCCCCGGGGUGUGAACCAGUUCGGGAACAAAUACAUCCAGCAGACCAAGCCUCUCACCCUGGAGCGUACCAUCAACCUGUACCCACUUACAAAUUAUACCUUUGGUACAAAAGAGCCUCUUUAUGAAAAGGAUAGCUCUGUUGCAGCUCGAUUUCAGAGGAUGAGAGAGGAAUUUGACAAGAUUGGAAUGAGGCGGACUGUAGAGGGUGUUCUCAUUGUUCAUGAGCAUCGGUUACCCCAUGUGUUACUCCUGCAGCUGGGCACAACUUUUUUCAAACUACCUGGUGGUGAACUUAAUCCAGGAGAAGAUGAAGUAGAAGGACUCAAACGUUUAAUGACAGAGAUACUGGGGCGCCAAGAUGGAGUUCUGCAAGAUUGGGUCAUUGAUGACUGCAUUGGUAAUUGGUGGAGACCAAAUUUUGAACCCCCACAGUACCCAUAUAUUCCAGCACAUAUUACAAAGCCUAAAGAGCACAAAAAACUCUUUUUGGUUCAGCUUCAAGAAAAAGCCUUGUUUGCGGUCCCCAAAAAUUACAAACUGGUAGCUGCACCAUUGUUUGAAUUAUAUGACAAUGCACCAGGAUAUGGACCUAUCAUUUCCAGCCUUCCUCAGCUUUUGAGCAGGUUCAAUUUUAUUUACAACUGAAUUCCUGAGCCGUAGAGGAGUAAAAGAAGCCGUCUCUGUGAGCACAGCUAUACAAUGUAGAAGAAGAAUAAACAGGAUAGGAAGUUUCUUUUUGUUUUUCCCCCCUUUUGCCUCAGAUUGUUCCCCCAAAUUGCCUCAUACUUUAUAUUGUUUGCAUAGUAAAGUGAAUCUGAAGAACUGUCCUAGAUAGUGGUGUAAACAAAUGUGAUAAUGUAUAUUUCACUUUUGGUUCUACCCAUACUUUUUGUACAACAUUAAACAAAGUGGACCUA